CGCUGAGAUACCAAGACCGUGGUAUAUAAGCCGAAAUUACGAGACCGAAAGACAUCACUCGCUCUAGACUCACAAAGAUCAAACGUCGAAUAAAAAAACGACAAUGGCAUUCAAGUUGGUGACUUUGUUCGCAUUGGUGGCUGCGGCGAACGCAGGUUUCAUACCAGCCGGACCAGCGGCUUACGCAGCAGCACCACUGGCCUACGCAGCGCCUGUGGCCAAAGCGGUCGUAGCGAAAACCGUCGACGCCGAUUACGAUGCUCAUCCUCAGUACAACUACGGUUACGACGUGCAGGAUUCGUUGACCGGUGACGUAAAGAGCCAACACGAGAGCCGGGACGGUGACGUUGUCCAGGGAAGCUACAGCCUCGUCGAAGCCGACGGCUCCCGUCGCAUCGUCGAUUACACCGCCGAUCCCGUCAACGGAUUCAACGCCGUCGUGCACAAAGAGCCAGCCCAGGUAGCCGUCAAGGCCGUUGCCGCUGCACCGCUCGCCGUCAAGGCCGUUCAUGCUGCACCACUCGCGUACGCCGCUGCACCGAUCGCCCAUCACCCUGCGCCCGUUGCAUACGCCGCUACACCCAUCGCUCACGCUGCUCCCGUUGCAUACGCUGCUGCACCCAUCGCUCACGCUGCUCCCGUUGCAUACGCCGCUGCACCCAUCGCUCAUCCUGCUCCCGUCGCUUAUGCCGCCGCACCUGCCACCUACUACCAUCACUAGAACAAAUUCACCAAUAUUUAUAUCAAUAAAACGCCAUUAUUAGCAAUUAC